AUGCCCAAACGAAAAGCGAACGCUGCGGCCCCGGCCAGCUUCACGGGCUUGAUCGGAUCCGACGAUGAAGACCCCAUGAUGCAGAUUCCCGAGACACAGGAACCGCGCGAUGUCGAGCGCCCCACGAAGAAACAACGCGGCCGUCCACGAUCCAAGUCCGGCGAUGGAAAGCCGUUGCCGGUACAGACGAAGCGCAGCUCUGUGGCGGCUGCCGCCCCGGAGGAACCGGAGCCGGUGUCGACCCGCCGGACGACGCGUCGGGGGAGGCCUAAGGGGAGUCGCAACUCGUCGCAAGCUGUCCCUGACGAGAUCCCGGGGACUCAGGUCGAGCAGCUGGAAGAUAACGGUGAGCAUCCGCCGGCGGAGAGCGCUGCGGUGUCUCAGGAUGAGCUCGACGCUCCGCAGAGAGGGGCGCAGUCGUCGUCCCGAUCUGCGGCAGCGCCCGCGAAACCCAAGAGCGGGCGGGGUCGACGGAAGGGCAGCUCGGGGAAGCAAGUGACGGCUGACGGGGAGUUCGAAUACACUCCGGCGGGGACGCGGCAGGUCAAACUGCCGGACCCGCGCAAGGAGACGGAGGAGAAGCCUAAGCGCUCGCGACGGGCGCCCGCCAAGAAAGUCCAGGAGGCACCGGUCCCCGCGGAGGAGGCGGAAGCGGCGCCGGAGGUUGUGGAAGAGACCAUGAUCGAGGAGGAGGAGGAUGUACCGCCACCCCGCCGGUCGGUGUCGGCCUCCCCGACAAAGCGCAGACAGUCCAUGCAGCGCCCGCCGUCGUACUCCCCGCUGAAACGGAAGGUCGGGACCGACGAGGAACGUUCCAACGGUGACCCGGAACUGCGACGCCGGCUCGGCGACCUGACUAAGAAGUUCGAUGCGCUGGAGAAUCGGUAUCGGACCCUGAAGGAGAUCGGGGUCGUCGAGGCCAACGCCAACGUGGACAAGCUGCGGAAACAGUGCGAGGCCAUCUCCACCGCCUCCAACAACCUGGUCGCUUCGCUGAAGAGCGAAUUGGACGCGCAGAAGGCGCUGGGCCAACAGAGUCGGGGCCUACAGAAACAGCUAAAGCAGCGAGAUGCCGAAGCCGCCCAAUUCAGAACUGAGGCGGAAGAGGCCCAGGGCCAGUUGGCCUCGGCCCAGACCGAGGUCAAGGCCCUGCAGACCAAGCUGGCGGCGGCGCGCAACACGGCCGCCAGCAUCGAGAACGCCGCCGCCAAGGCGCCUGGCAGCGCCGUCAAGGGCGGCAACAACCGGGCGGUCGCCGCGGUCAGCGCCGAGGCGGCGCAGGCGGCGACCGUCGCGCAGCUCAAGGAGGAUCUCUACAGCGACCUGACGGGGUUGAUCAUCCGCGACGUGAAGCAGCGCGAGGCCGAUUGCCUCUAUGACUGCAUCCAGACCGGCGUCAACGGCACACUCCACUUCAAAUUGCUCGUGCCGCACGUCUCGGCCGCCAACUUCGAGAAUGCCGAAUUCCAGUACCUCCCGCUGCUGGACGAGAGCCGCGAUCGCGAGCUGGUGGACCUCCUACCCGAGUACCUAACGGUGGACAUCACCUUUGUGCGGCAGCAGGCGUCGAAAUUCUACACCCGCGUGAUCGAUGCGCUCACGAAGCGGCGUUCGAGCGCCGGCCACUGA